AUGCCUCAAUGUCCAUCGUGCGGAAAAAUUCUGAAGGACCACACAUCUGUCGCUCGCCAUAUGAGCCAGCCCUGGUCUGGCUGCAACACGUGGCUAGAAGAUAUCAUCAAGCUUAAUUCCCUCAUUCCACCCUUGGACCCAGUGAAUAUCGAGCACGACAUUUCUCAUGAACCAGAACUCGGAGGCGAGGCGAUGGUAGUUGACUUUGGUGAUGAUGGCGGUGAAUUCGGUGAUGAAGAGAAUAUCAUGGGAGGUGGAAUUAUGGAUGAGGGCGGUGAAGUAACUGAAUACUAUCCUGACCCUCCACUUGCCUAUCAGGAUGGCUACACCUUUUUGAACCUAUUUGACGCUGACGAAAAUAUUGCGGCAUGGCUGCUUCGUUCGGGCCUGAGCAUGGGCAAGAUCGAUUCCUUCCUAUCGCUUGAAAUGAUCAAAGAAUUACCUUUGUCAUUCUCCUCAGCUAAAGAACUACGGGGUCGAGCUGAAAUGCUCCCCAGUGGUCCGCGUUGGAUGUCCAAAGUAAUACCCACAUCGCAUGCAACAAAGUCACCGGUAGUUUUAUAUUGGCGCGACCCUCUAGAAUGCAUCGCCAGCAUCUUCAACAACCCCAUAUUUCACAAUCGUAUUGAUUCCAGGCCUCGCAAGGUGUACACUACUGCAGAGAAGCGGUGUCGUGUAUAUACUGAAUGGAUGACGGGAAAUGAUGCUUGGGAUAUGCAGGCGGCUAUACCUAGUGGUGCGACCCUCCUCGGUACCAUCCUAUCCUCCGACAAGACGAACAUCACUGCCUUAACAGGCGAUCGCGUUGCUCACCCACUUCUUAUAAGCCUUGCAAACAUACAUAUGAAUAUACGUCUAAAAUCGUCUUCGAGUGCUUUCGUUCUCACCGCUCUACUACCGGUCCCGAAGUUCGUGCAUAAGAAGACACAAAUGAAGGGUGUAUUGGAGGAUCGCCUCAUACAUGAAUGUUUGGACAUCGUUCUUGAACCUCUGAAACAGGCAGCUCGACAUGGCGUCAUGCUAUCGGAUCCCAUUGGCAACAGUCGUUAUUGCUUCACCCCGCUUGCCAGUUAUAUUGCUGACACCCCUGAAGCCAUGAUGUUAGCAACGGUCGGUGGCAAAACAUCGCCAGUGACCAUGGCAAUGUAUAAGCAGUUCGGGGAUGCCUUCCAGCAUGAACCUCGGAUGAAAUCCACGACUCUUGCGCAGCUUACAGUUGUGCGUUCACGCGCUGAUCCCCUCGAUAUCGAGGCCUUCUUCCGCGAGGCACAGAAGUUCCGCCUGAAUGGGGUUGCUGAGCCGUUCGUUCGAGACUGGAUACUCGCGGAACCAUCUCAUUUCUUUACACCGGAAGACCUUCACCACAUUCAUAAAGAAUUCUGGGACCAUGACGCGCAAUGGCUCAUUUGUGCAGUCGGAGAGUCCGAGAUUGAUUUCCGGUUUUCUGUUUUGCAGCCGAUCACUGGUUAUCAGCACUUCCACGGAGGCAUUUCGAAACUGAAACAGGUUACCGGUCGUUGUCAUCGUGAUGUUCAACGAUACAUCAUUGCAGUAUGUGUGGACGCAGCUCCUGGUGUUCUCACUGCCGUACGCGCACUCAUGCAGUUCCGUUAUCGUGUGCAGUCACCACGCAUCGACGACGAUGAUAUCAGGCGCAUUGGACGAGUUUCAUUCAAACAAGGAUUCAAUUAUCGCUGCGGGAGUUCGCUGAGGGAAGGCCUUUUGGAUGCAAAACAGACUACUGAGCAGCUGGAGAACAUCAACAUCGAUGCUGACGCUGACGAUGCCGAUGCCGAUGCUGACACUCCAAUCGAACUUUCCGCGGUGCAGGAACUCCCACGUCGUCCUGUCAUCAGCUAUUUUGCCAUUGCUAGGGCAUUGCAGUACAGACCCCUGGGUUCCGUACCUCUUCCAUUACGUUCAUUUGUCGUCGGCCGCACUGCAUUUCAUAUUGCAUACGAUGCGUCCAUUAGGAAGAUCUCUAUCGACGACGUCGCCAUCAAAUUUUCCCUUCCAGAUCUGCGACCAGCUAUCGCUGAUUUCAUUCAGCGUGAGGCGACUUGUGGAGACCAACACAUCCAUGCAAUAGGCGGUCCAAGAAGAGGGGCACAUACGGAUAUCCUUCCUUUUGACAGGGUUCAAGUCUGGUUCAAAGUUCGCUUACAAGAAACAGAAUUUCACGAUGCUCACACUAUCAGACCAGCUCAAACACUAAAUUGUGCCCCACCCUGCCACCCCUGGAAUUUAGGUCGUUAUGACACAGCUAUCGUUCAAACUAGUGCGGGCUUUUCAUGGCCUAGUAGUGGACUUUCAGGUCACACUGUCGCCCAGAUCAGACUGAUCAUGCGGCCUAUUGGUAAGAGCGGCACAUCAUGGUCAUGGAAAGACCAAUUUCUCAGCUACGUGCAACGCUUCGAUAUCUCGCAUGAUCGUGAUGCAACUACGCAACUUCAUGUACUCAAACGCUCAAAACGCUCAAAUGGUGUUCGGAUGGGGGACGUGAUUCCGCUCUCUCAACUAAGGGCGCCUAUAAAUCUUGUUCCUCGCUUUGGAGCCACUGCAGAUAAACGCCUCACUGUUUAUAAUAGCAUGGAGCAUGCCGCGGAGUUUUGGUUGAAUGAGUAUUGGGAAAAACACACAUUCUUCGCCCUAUCAGCAUAG